GUUACUAUGGUUGGAUUUAUUGGGAUGGCUUAUAUUAUUACUCUCAGAAUGCAGGACCUCACAAUGCAUUUGAUGGAAUUCGAUGAAAGGAAUAUUCAGGAUUUGGAGGAAAAAUUCGACUCCCUCGUAGAAUACUUCUCUGAGAUACAAAAAUUCGUUAAAGACGUGAACCAAACCUUCGGAUAUUGUUGUAUUGUUGUAUAUGUACUCAUAACAGUAUGUGUGGCAUUGCUGGAAUACAUUUGUCUAGUAGAUGGCAGUAUAAAGAAUUUUACAUUUCUGUUUGGUUGUAUCGGUUUACAAUAUACAUGGUGCAGUGUGGGACAAAAUCUGGAAGACGAGCAUCAGAAGUUGAUAUAUUCCAUUGAAGAUCUACCUUGGUAUAACAUGUCCCCGCAAAUGAAGAAAAAUUAUCGACUUUUUCUAUCAAGUGCUCACAUGCCACUUCAAAUCAGAAUAUAUCCACAUAUAGAUGUUAACCACAAGUAUUUACUUUCUGUUUUUCAAGGAUCUUACAGCAUAACUACAUUCUUGAUCAAUUCAUCGAGCAGAAGAUGAAAAGAAUGUUACAGAAUUGAAUGGAUAUUCGGAAUUACUAAAA